UCCCUCCCUCCAACAAGUCCUCGUCACGCAUGCGUGUUGCUCGCUGCCGGAGAAACUGUGUUUUUUUUUUUCCUCCCCCCCUCCCCUUCCCAUUCGCUAUUUCAACUGACGGGAUGUAGUUGCUUCCUUCCUUCCUUCCUUCCUUGUAUCUCCCCCGGCGAUGUGGGUGCGCUUGGAGGAGGCGGCAGCAGCAGCAAGAGCAGCAUUAACAGUCAUCGCAGCGGUCCUGGCACGAGCUCUUGCGUGGGGUUGAACGGCUAGUGCCGUUGGCGUGCGUCAAGAUGGCGUGUGUGCUGGAGACGCCACUCCGCAUGAGUAUCCUGUCGGAAGUUACAGCAAGUAGUCGCCAUUAUGUUGACAGAUUAUUUGAUCCUGAUCCUCAAAAAGUACUUCAGGGUGUCAUAGAUAUGAAAAAUGCUGUAAUUGGAAACAACAAACAAAAAGCCAACUUGAUUGUUUUGGGAGCAGUUCCAAGGUUGCUAUACUUGCUUCAGCAAGAAAACUCCAGCACUGAGCUGAAAACAGAAUGUGCAGUAGUUCUAGGAAGCCUUGCAAUGGGUACAGAAAAUAAUGUUAAAUCUCUACUGGACUGCCAUAUCAUACCAGUCUUAUUGCAAGGGUUACUAUCACCAGAUCUUAAAUUCAUUGAAGCUUGCCUCAGGUGUCUUCGUACUAUUUUCACCAGCCCUGUCACUCCUGAAGAAUUAUUGUAUUCAGAUGCUACAGUUAUUCCCCACCUCAUGGCGCUGCUUAGUAGGUCUCGAUAUACUCAAGAAUAUAUAUGUCAGAUCUUCUCACAUUGCUGCAAACUCCGACACUGGCAUAGCUGCAGCUUUAAAUCCUCACCUCAGCCACUUCUGUGUGCCAAUGGUCCAGACCAUCAGACAGUGCUAUUUAAUCAUGGAGCAGUGCAGAAUAUUGCUCACCUCUUAACCUCUGCAUCUUAUAAAGUUCGAAUGCAAGCACUGAAAUGUUUUGCAGUUCUAGCCUUUGAAAACCCCCAGAUAUCAAUGACUCUUGUAAAUGUGUUGGUCGAUGGAGAACUAUUACCACAGAUAUUUGUAAAAAUGUUACAGAGAGACAAGCCGAUUGAAAUGCAACUCACAUCAGCCAAAUGCCUUACAUACAUGUGCAGAGCCGGAGCAAUCUGUACAGAUGAUACCUGCAUUGUGUUAAAGACAUUACCAUGUUUGGCACGGAUGUGUAGUAAAGAGAGACUACUAGAGGAGAGAGUAGAUGGAGCAGAAACUCUGGCCUAUUUGAUUGAAACAGAUAUUGAACUACAGAGAAUUGCCAGUAUUACUGACCACCUUAUUGCAAUGCUUGCAGACUACUUCAAAUACCCUAGUUCAGUGAGUGCCAUCACUGAUAUAAAAAGGCUUGACCAUGACUUAAAACAUGCUCAUGAAUUACGCCAGGCUGCAUUCAAGCUCUAUGCUGCCCUUGGAGCAAAUGAUGAAGAUAUUCGAAAGAAGAUAAUUGAAACCGAAAAUAUGAUGGAUCGGAUUGUAAAUGGCUUAUCUGAGUCUAGCAUCAAAGUGCGCUUAGCUGCAGUCAGAUGUUUGCACAGUUUGUCAAGAUCUGUACAGCAACUACGAACAAGUUUCCAAGAUCAUGCUGUAUGGAAACCCUUAAUGAAGGUAUUACAGAAUGCUCCAGAUGAAAUUUUAGUGGUAGCAUCUUCUACUCUAUGCAAUCUUCUCUUAGAAUUUUCUCCAAGCAAAGAGCCUAUCUUAGAAUCAGGAGCCAUAGAACUUCUCUGUAGUUUAACUCAGAGUGACAAUCUUGCCUUGCGAGUGAAUGGAGUUUGGGCUUUAAUGAAUAUGGCAUUUCAAGCAGAACAGAAGAUCAAAGCAGACAUUUUGCGAGGCUUGAGUACAGAGCAGUUAUUCCAGUUACUCUCUGAUUCUGAUGUAAAUGUACUAAUGAAGACUUUGGGAUUACUUCGGAACCUUUUGUCUACUCGCCCUCAUAUAGAUCAGAUAAUAAGUACUCAUGGGAAACAGAUCAUGCAAGCAGUAACUCUCAUUCUGGAAGGAGAACACAAUGUGGAAGUCAAAGAACAGACAUUAUGUAUACUUGCCAACAUAGCAGAUGGAACGACAGCUAAAGAAUUCAUCAUGACAAAUGAUGAUAUUUUACAAAAAAUUAAGUAUUACAUGAGCCACUCAAAUGCUAAACUUCAGCUGGCUGCCAUGUUUUGUGUAUCUAAUCUGAUAUGGAAUGAAGAAGAAGGUUCCCAAGAUCGUCAGGACAAACUCAGAGAUAUUGGAAUAGUAGAUAUUCUACAUAAACUGAGUCAGUCGUCAGAUCCAAAUCUUUGUGAAAAGGCGAAAACAGCACUCCAGCAGUAUCUUGCGUGAUGAAAGAGAAGUCGAACUUUCAUAUAAUUUUCAGAGCUAUAUACUAAGGAAUAAUGGGAAAUAGCUGCACCUAAUUUCCUUACCUUUUGCACAAGGCACCUUGGGCUGCAUUUGUCUCAGGUGCAGGGAGCUGCUUGGCAGGAGCAGUUUAAGUGAUCAGGUCUCCAAUGCACUUGAGGACUUUAUUGAGGUAGUUCCUCUAUUCAGAUAUCUAUUCUGGGAUAUUUUUGUCUGAACUACCUGAACUCUACUAGAACAAUCAGUAGUCUUUUUUCUUUGGGCCUACAAUAUUCUGCUUAUACCACAGCUAAUGUAAGGCUGUGUCUGGGUGGGUGUGAUACCUCAGAGCUUUUUCUUUUUCUCCCCCCCCCUUUUCUGUGUGUGUGUGUGUGUGAUUUUUUUCUACAGAUUUUCAAGGGUGAACCAUUGUUUGCUGUAUGAAAACUUUAAAAAUUAUAUACAAUUUGAAUUGAAAUGUUAUUUAAUAACAGUUUUGUCCCAUGAAGUUUAUUUUGAUCAGAUGAAUGUUUUUAAGUAAAAUAUAUGCAUUUGUUAAACCUCAGCUUAAUGUACCUGUACUUCCUCUUUUAAAACAAAAAGAUACUUACAUGACAGGUAACACAUGCAAUGUGAUUUAUGUUUGCCUCUUACUGCCACUUGUUACUAGUGACGGCUCCUUGGAUUUAAGAAAGCAGAAUUCCAAGAUCCUCAAAUGGAAUAUUUUUCAGUAAACAUAAAUGAUACCAAAAUUGGAAUUGUGGAAAUUAUACCUACAGGAAUUUCCAGCGACAAAGUUAGAGUUCCCCAUGCAGAUACAAUACUGCUUCAGAAACUUACAUUUAUUAUAAAACUCUGUGUUACUUUUUCAUAACAUGACAUCAUAACAGUGAAUUGAUAUAAAUAAAAGAAUUGACUGCUGGUUGGAGGUACGCUCUUGGAAAUAUGAUAGGCAUCCCCAUAAAAAUCUGGAUUUUAAAUCAGACCUUAAUUAUUAUUUACCAAAUAUAUAUGGUGGAGGAGUAAGUUAUUCCUGGAGCAGAGAAGAACAAUAUUAAGAUGCGUUUUUUAUAUCAUUUUGUAUUCUCUGUCUCAUACCUUGCUGUUUACCAAGUAAGUUUUCUGUGGCCUUAAGCCCACAGGUAUCUCUGUCAAGGGACAAGAGCGCCAGUCAGAAAUUGAGUGUCUCAUUUCACUCAUCAGUUUCAGAUAUCCCAAACAUUUAUUUAUAGUUAAUAAAUAUUCUGCUGCCUAGACACUUUGCAUUAUAUCAAAGCAACUUUUAGAGCUUGUGCCUCUGGCUGGAACUGUUAAUAAGCUGGAGGGAGACUGCAAAAAUAAAGCUAGAGUUUUUAUAUAUGGUUUUCAUGUUUUUUUUACUCUGAAAGGCAAGUCAGCAAUUCAAGGAAUGUAGUAGGUGAAAUAAUUUCUCAGUGUUAUUCCUACAAGCUUGUUGGGUUUGAACUUCUGCAGGUAUGCAUAAUGUGUUCUCCUGCUAGUUAAUAUUUUAGAAGUAAAGCCACAAUUAAUUCAUCAAUUGGUUAUAGGCUUAAUAAUACUGAGAAAAAUCACUUUAUCUGAAUACAUUCCCUGUGAGAAAGGAUAGAGAUUGCUUCUUUAUUUUGACCACUGCUUUUGCACUCUGAAUUAUUAUUAUUACACAGGCAGUUCCAAUUCUGUUGUAAUGACUCCAUUUACACAUACGCAUAUCCAUUUAUUUUGAGAUAUAGAUAUGCCUAAACCUGUGUUGAAUAUAGCUGAGAUGUGCAGAUUUUCAGCUAUACAUUUGAAAAUUGCUUUUAGAGUGGCUAUGUAUAUGGAAGGAAGAUAUGCUAAGACAAUCUGGAUAAUGGGGGUGGGCAAGAUGAAUUGAUGAAAUAUUAAGAUGGUAAGUGAUAACAGUGACAUUUUGCACUUUGCAUUGUGAAUAUUUUUGAUGUUACUAUAAAUAUGUACAAACACUGUAAAUAAAAAACAAGUGUCCUUUUAUUUGAUAAUAUUAUUUAAAAUUGCUUGGGCCUAUUUAUAUUAUACAUUUAAAUCUUCAUUCAAAAGUUAUAUUGUAGGCAUGGAUCUAUGCACAGAUAGCUAUAUCUUUUUUAGGAAGCUGACUGUUCUAACAAAAAUAAGGUUCAUUUUCUAAUUCUAAUAUUCUUUUUUAAAGAAUAUGAUAGAUGGACUUGUAUCAAGCGCCUUCCCCUCUCAUGACUUGUCAAAAUUAAUCAAGAAUAACUUUUUAAAAAUGGUUUGUUUUAAUUCUUAUGUUGAGAAUGGUUCAGUAUUGAAUGAGUUUAAGUUCCUGAGCAUUUGCCUCUUACUUUCAAGUUUAAUUUAAAAAUUUAAUAUACAUAAAGUCCCUUAUUCUGCACUAGCUUUUGUUUAAUGUGGUAAAGUUCAUUGGUACUCUUUCUGUUCUGUUUUCCACACUUUAUUUUUCUAUCCUCAGCUCUUGCUUUAAUAAUCCCUUCCCUGUUGUUUGUGUCCUCUUUGUGAAAUUAUAUUACAUUAAUAAGCUAUAACUCAAUACUUUAAAAAGGAGAUAGCUGAAUGAUUUAUUUUGAAGAGGCUGGAUAUGAGCCCAAAAUAUUAUAAUCUUGGUAAUUGAAAACAAGACAUAUUGCAGGGAUUUAAAAUGUAAAAGCUAUAAAGCUAAGACUUGGAAAUGGAAGAGGCCAAAGGCAAUAUCAGAAUGCCACUUAUAAUUGAGGCUAAACGGUGCUUGGAUUAUUCUGCUUUGUAUUUUACUCAUAUUUUUUCUUGAUUACUUUAGUUUAGAACUAGUAAUUUGAACUCUAGGAAUAUUAAACCAAUGCAACAGUGCCUUUUUUCAGUUCAAAUACUGGUAUACUUGCUUCUGGCUAAGUCUGAAUAAUUUAACAGUCAUAUAAUGAAGCAACUUUCUGGGACGAUAAAUAUAAGUUGAAAAUCAUCAUAUAUUGCUCAUAAUUAUUAAGCGGAAUAAUAUUACACAUGUUCAGCCUUUUGAAUACAGUGGGAAGGGGGAAAUCAAUCUUAGGAAUGUAAAACUAUUGAUUUGUACAAUGAAACCAGCAUUUAAUUUCCCAAGGAGGAUAAAGAAACAAAAAGAAAAGAAGCUUCAGACCAUCUUUAUUUCCUCUUCUGUGGGAUUGAAGACAUUUCAGGAAUACCAUAUUUGGCUAUGUUUAUGUAUGAUCAAGUUAACAUCCCCUGAAAUAUUUUGUUUUGUAACGAAAACGGAAUCUAACCUGAAUUAAGUUAAAGUUGAUAUUUUCCAAGAGUAGGCAACCGUUUUCUAUUUUCUUCUAUAUUGUUUUUUGCUAUUUAAUAUGUACUGUUUUCUUAGCACAUGUUCUACAUACAUUCUACAGAAUUUUCUUAGCCAUUUUUGUUCCAGAUUUCAGAUGAAUUAAAAUUAGCAGGAAAUCCAGAGCAAGUAGGACAAUAUUGAUGGAUGUAAUAAUUGCCUUCUCUCUCCUUAGGUGUUCCCAGCAUGACGUAGCCCACCAGCUUUUACCUCCCAAAACUUCCCUGCCUCCCUCAGUCACAGCUAAUGUUCUUCUUUUUCCCUGCAUUCUUCUCUUCCAAAUACUGUUUUGAACAGUUGUGCUUCAGAGGAACAAAAACAGUCCUGUUCCAUUCUGACUGAAACACGCACAUUUCAGUGUGAGCACAAAUCACUCCAAGAUGGUACAUAGAACAUGUCUAGACCAUUUUACACAUAGCUUUUUUUUGUUGUUGAAAGAUUCAAGAUAGUAGAACCAAGCUGUUACUGUUUGUGGCAUGUACAAUUACUUUCUGGUGCAUGUCAGAAAAUUAAAGAGCUGUAACAGUAAAUAAAUGAAAGUGCAUGUACCAUGGGAACUGAUGUGUUUAGCUUAGCAAUAACACCCUAAAAAGUACUGCCACUGUUUAGCCUUAAAUUGUGCAUCUUUAAAGUAAGGUAAAUUUCAGAUUGCGGUUGAUACUUGAUUACUUCAUUUGUCAAUAUGAUUUUCUUGACUGCAAUAGAGAUGUUAUUUGUCAGAUAGCAACACUAGCCAGUCUU